CCCUCUCUCGUGAAAUAUAUCGCAUCUAGAUAAUCCAAGAAACUGGGCCUUACGUAUGAAAGACGCACUUUUGCAGCGGGAGGACUGCAAUGUGGUUGUGGUGGACUGGUCUAUAGGAGCAAAGAAAGGUUAUUUUCAAUCUGCAGGAAACACUCGACUUGUUGGGGCUCAAAUAGCAGAACUCAUAAGGUUCCUGAUAAUCAGUGCCUCUGGAUCAUCUGACUUGGCCAAGAGGUUUUACGUUAUAGGACUUAGUCUUGGUGGUCAGACGGCAGGCUAUGCUGGAAACUAUCUGAAGGAUAAAGCAAGAAUGACACUUGGCCGUAUUACAGGAUUAGAUCCAGCGGGACCCCUUUUUACCAAUGUCCACGAUCCCCGCUUCCGACUGGAUCCAGGCGAUGCUGGAUACGUUGACGUCAUACAUACCGACAUGCCUCGGCGGGGCAGUGUCUUUGGUCUCGGGAUGCGCAGGAUUGCUGGUCACACGGACUUUUUUGUAAAUGGUGGCAUCAGGCAGCCUGGCUGUGCACAACAUCUGAAAGAGCUGGGUAGGUUACAUUACAUGAGGAAAAUACGUAUAAUUCUUCUCACUGUAUUUAAGUGCUCUUGGAUUUGUAACAAUUUAAGCUCUGGGCUAAGUCGUAAGCAAAGUUGUUCUAACUAAUUAA